AUGAAUUUUGAUAAGAUGGAAUUGGAGAAACAAGGAAACAUGGAUGUUCAAUUUGCUGGCCAACAAACAACUCUCCAGCAGUUUGAUACUAAUAGUUGGAUUAAUCCAAAGAGUUUAAGUAUCCAAGGGAGCAUAUAUCAAGAUCGGAUGGACAAAGGAAAGAGAGUAGCAAACAAUUUUACCAAUUACACAUAUACCCCUUCCUUUGCAAGUUCUUUACGGUUUAGAAAUAUAUCAUUUUCUCAAAUUCAAGACCCGUCACCUAAUUAUAUCCCAUUCCAGGGCCAACAACAAAACAUGGUGAUAGAUGUCCAGCAGAAUUCGACACAGACAUUUGAAAAAUCAUAG